UCUUAAUGAAAUUGGCUACGAACUCAACAUGACCGUGGAAGAGGUUAAGAAAAAAAAUCAAGUCUCUGAGAAGUACGUACACACUGGAAAAGAAAAAGGUGGAGCAGAGCAUACUGACUGGAAGUGAUCCAGAUGAUAUGUAUAUACCUACCUUGCAUUGGUAUGGGGAGAUGACAUUCUUGGAUGACCAUAUAACGCAAAGAAAGCGAAAAUCUAGUGUUAAUGGUGAACAUACUGAUGAAACAAUAUUGUUGGAAGACUCAAACACCCAGUCAUACGAUUCAGACCAAAGCCUAACCAUACAGUCGGUUCGUGAAAGACAAUACAAUGUUGAAGUCAAUACAGAACAAGUUGACGAAGCAAAUAGAGAAAUUGUAAAUACGCGUAAAAUUGACGCUUUCAGUGCAUUUGCGGAUAGCAUGGCGAUGACAUUACGCACAAUGCCGGAAAAUAUUGCUUAUAAAACAAUGGCAGAAGUACAAGAAUUAUUGUAUCAUCGAAAAUUUGGUAUAACAGCUAAUGGCGAUACAAAAUCCCAGAGUGAAAACUACAUCAUACCCAACAUUCAAUCGGAUACGAAUGAAACGGAGGUUUUAUUUGACAUAGUCAAAGAGGAAAUAGACUGAACUUUGUUGCCUAGGUAUAGGAUUUUAUUUUGUUCCAUAUAUACAAAUAAUAAUUUUAAAAUGAUUUUUUUAUUA